AUGACCUUAUCAGCAAGAACAGGAAAUGGAAAUGCACAGAUAGAGGGUUUGAUUGAUCAUUAUUUGGAAUUCUUUGCAUUCGAAGAUGCGGCUCUCAUUGCGGAACUUUACCAUGAACAAGUUAGAAGUAGCGAUUCUCUUUACUUAUUCGGCCAGUGCUUAUUACGGAGUGGCCAAGUUGAGGCAGCUUGCAGACUUCUUAGUCUUGACAGUUUGAAAACGCCGCAGCUGAGAUAUUUAUAUGCCCACUGUUGUUACGAUAUGAAAAAGAUGCAGGAGGCUGAAUCUGCGUUACGAAUGGAUGAACUGUCUUGCUUACACUCUAUCUUUGAGAAUACAGCAGUGGAACCAUUCGCGCAUGCCUUGCUAGCGAAAAUACUUUUAGAGUCUGGGCGUACUAACGAAGCUAUUGCUGAAAAUCGCCUUGCAAUGGAAAAAAAUAAUUUGUCUUGGUCUAUCAUGAAGCUGCAUUGUGACAUUGGAGUUGCAUCGGAAGUUGAGACUUUGUGUGGAAAGUUAAUACGGCAUGCAAAUAAAGCGAAAGAUUUUUGCAAGCGGAAAGGAGUGGUGAAUUCGUCUCAAAACUGUCUUUUCGGGAGGUCACCUGAAAAAAGAACUCCCGUGAUGAGAGACGCGAAAGAUGUUGUUGAUGAGAAAGCUUUUUGCCUUGGACCGAAGAAACCUCGAACAAGCGUUGUUGGCAAAAGAUCGUCUGAUGUGCCAGCUUUACGGCGCCGAGUAGAUGGAGGGAUGGAGACUCGACGAAGUUCACGGUUAUUGCAGGAUAGCGAAAAUCUUUCAACUUCUGGAGGAGAUGUUCGGAAAACGUCCCGUUUGAAGUUUGCAACACUCGGAAGUUGCGGAUCCCGUGCUUUACCAGAUAAGCAGCUUCGCGAAUAUGUUUUUGACCAAAGGGUGUCUAAGGAUUGGUUUUUCGAAAUAAAGGUUAUAUUAAAAUUAGACAAGGUUGUCAGUGAAGAAAAUUCUGUUAAUCGCUUGAGCGAAGAAGAGAUGAACAGAUUAACGCUGAGGAAGUCUCCUUCUCCCCAAACAUCCCCUAUGUUGCAAAAAACAAUUGAAACUCAUGAUAUCCUGCCAGUUACAUCAAGGAAGGUAAAACAGCUGCAAACGGCGAAAGUUAAUUCUAAUUUGCUGAGUACUCCGCCGAUGAUUCCUUCUGAUGACCAGAAUGUUCAUACUUUUGAAGGUCAGGUAGCUGUACCAUUGAAUUCUACCUCUUCCCAAAGCGAAGUUGCAUCUACCGUACUUCAAGCGAAACCUCGUUCACAUUGUUUAGGAGCGUCACAGAUAUCCCGUAGAGCCCACUCAAUUUCGAGUCUCCUCAACGAAUAUACGAAGUGGACUCCCUUGUUUGUUGAUGUUGUAAAGACAGUUGCAUCUCUAGCACGCGUCCAGUCUUUUCUGUCACGCUACGCCACUUCAAAAGCCUUAGAACUCUUUGAUAUUAUGCCCGAAUUUUGUUCCACCACACCUCUAGCCCGUGAAAUUCUGGCUCGGAUUUUCUUUGAAAAGCUUGAUUAUUCCAAAACAAAAGAAGUUCUUGAAAGGCUUCAUCUUGACUUUCCUCAUCGUCUUGCAGGAAUGGAAGUGUUGUCAACUGCCCUGUGGCAUGAGCAAGAUUCUCGAAGGCUUUCUAUGCUAGCUGCAGAAUUGACGGGUAAUGCACGCAGUUUUGCUGAAACUUGGUGUGCUGCAGGUAAUUGCUUCAGUGUGCAAAAGCAACACGAGACCGCUAUUGAAUGUUUUGAGAGAGCCGUAACCUUGAAACCUCAAUUUGCUUAUGCGUAUUCCUUGCUGGGUCAUGAGCUGCUGGAUACAGAUCAACUUGAUAAAGCAGCGAGCUCCUUCAGACGUGCUUUAUGUUUGUGCCCAACGGACUAUCGUGCCUGGUUUGGUUUGGGGCUCUUGCAUUUUAAAAGGGAACAGUUAGCUUGGGCUCGAUUUUAUUUAAAACGUGCCGUCUCGAUAAACCCGUCAAAUUCAGUACUUCUGUGCCAGUUGUCCGUAGUAGAACAGUCACUGCACAAUAAUCACUCAGCAAUGAAUCUUCUUGAUCGAGCGCUUGAGAUUGCUCCAGAUAAUGCUGCUUGUCGAUUUUACCGUGCACGGCUACUUUAUGAGAUGCGAGAUUACAAAACUUGUCGUACAGCUCUCAAUGACCUGAAAUUAUUUGCUCACGAUGAGGCACAAGUCUUCUUUUUACUUGGUCGAGUCUACAAGAAGCUGAACAAUACUCACCUUGCGCUCCUGAACUUUAGUUGGGCGGCCGAAAUGGAUCCGCGCGGAGAGCAGAACCAGACAACGCGUUCGGAAUGCGCUUACGACGAUGACCCAGGUUCUCCAAGCGGAAGUCUCCUCAUGGGCAAGGACUGUCAGAAGACUUGCCUUUGGGAUUAA